AUGAGGCCACAUAUCACAGAACAAGAAUACCAAGAGAGAAAUAAACGUCUAUGGUCUAUUUGGUUACAAGCAUACAAAGUACGUUUAAAAAUAGAUUUCGAAGGGAAUCAUGAUAAUACCAAAACACAAUUCUCUGAACGUUUAAAUUUAAUGCAGUCUGUAAAUCCUCGAGUAGUUCUACGUAAUUAUCUUGCCGAAGAAGCUAUUAAAUCAGCUGAUAAAGGAGAUUAUACAGUUGCACAACAAUUAUUCAACUCAUUGACCACACCUUUUAAAAAUCCUGAUAUGUCUUUGAAUAACGAGUCUUUUCAUCUUGUAUCUCGGAUUAAAUACCGUCCUCCUGAUUGGUCUCGUAAACUACGUGUUUCUUGUUCAUCUUAACAGAUAAUAACAUGUAAGCUUUGAAAAUAAAUAUCCAUCCAUAGUGUAUUUUAAUAUCUUGCUUCAAUAUACGAUACUCCCAGAUGUUCAACAAUUUGGUUUUAAAUUUCAUUAACAACUACAUCAAAAACACUAAAUAUUAUACCUUUGUUUUAUACUAUCACUCAUUUGUGUCAAGUUACUGUGUUGUUUAGGAGCUGUAUUUUGUUAGUUGACUUCCGAUUCUGUUGUGCUUCCAAAAAGAAAAGAAUAUGUUCUUGAUUUGUGUUGGGGUUUGUGUGAUCAUGCCGUUACUACAAAAUUAGUUGUACUAUCUAGUUUGUUAGUUGAUUAGUUUGUCCAUAUUUGUUUUAAGACCAGUGACCUUCUUCAUCAAAUUGCAUAACAACUAAUAAAC